AUGGCGGCUAGGUCAGGGAGGCUUGGGACAUGGCUCAAAAUGCUGGCUGCUGGCGGCGUUAUGUGCAUAGGAGGGCCAGCACUCGUCAUGUGGGUGCAACCAACCGAAGAGGAGCUGUUCAAGAAGUACAAUCCCGAUCUGCAGAAGAAGAGCUUAGAACGGCGGUACGAGAGACAGAAAGACUUCGACGAUUUCGUGGUCCAGCUCAAAGAAUACUCGAAAUCUGAUAAACCGAUAUGGACGGUACAAGAAGAAGCCUUGCGGAAACGAAAGGAAGACAUGUUGCGUCAAGACUUCCUCAACGCUAAAGAAGCUGAGGCGAGAAAAGAGGCUAUGAGAAAAGAAACGGGCUUAUCUUCAAACCCCGAAAAAUAA